UUUUGGACUUUCAGUGUCAGUCAGAUUGUUUAAACUAAUCAGACUGGUCAGAGGAGCUUAAUACUGCAACAAAAAGUCAGUUCAAAUCAGUCCAGUCAGAAUCAAAAAUGAGCAACAGACCUGUUCUUGUGAAUGUGGAAAACUGGAUUGCAGAGAACCAGAAUGCUUUUCUGCCUCCAGUGUGUAACAAGCUCAUGCACUUUUCCCAGUUGAUUAUCAUGUUUGUUGGAGGUCCUAAUACCAGGAAGGAUUAUCAUAUAGAGGAAGGGGAGGAGCUGUUCUUCCAGCUGAAGGGGGACAUGUGUCUGAAGGUGAUUGAAAAUGGCAAACACAAGGAUGUGCACAUCAAGGAGGGAGAGAUGUUCCUGCUGCCUGCUCGGAUCCCCCACUCCCCCCAGAGACAGGCCAACACUGUGGGACUGGUGGUGGAGAGGAGACGGCUGCUGACUGAGACUGACUGCCUGAGGUACUAUGUGGACAACACCACUGAUACCCUGUUUGAGAAAUGGUUUUACUGCCAGGAUCUCGGAACCCAACUGGUGCCAGUAAUCAAAGAGUUCAUGGCAUCAAAACAGUGUAAAACAGGAAAACCUGAUCCAAAUGAAGUCUUCAGAGAGCCUCCGUUCCAGAUGAACACCAUGAACGUGAUGUUACCCUUCUCCUUCAAAGACUGGGUGGACAAACAGAGGCCGUCCCUGGCCAACGGCGGGCCCAUCGACAUGUUCGGAGCUCCGUUUGAGACAGAGGCAAUGGUGUUUGGACCUGGGCAGACAGAGACGUCAGUACGACAAAGUGACGUGUGGAUCUGGCAACUGGAGGGAUCCUCAAGAGUAACUAUGAAUCAGCAUGAGUUCACACUUUCUGCAGGAGACAGUUUACUCAUUUCUGAACAGAGCCAGUACCAGUGGCAGAGAGAUGAGGGGACCGUUGCCCUGUUUGUGGUCCAAAACCCUGAGCGGAAGAGACCCUGAGCAUCACUGCCAAUUCACACAAACACAUUAAAGUGGCAAUCUUGAAGAUUUUCAUUAAAAUAAAUGUCUGUUAAGUCACUAUCUAUCGCCAAAUGUGGUAACAAAAUGGUGAUUGAGCCUAUGCCCCACUGAUGAAAUUAUAUUAAAGUCAAUUGCAGUAUUAUGAACUGGGUGUCUGUGGCGACAUUCUCGGAAAAAAUGCUGUAUUAAGUUACUGCUAAUGCAAGCCGAACAUUUCCUACUGCUGCAGCUUCACAUUAAAAGCAUUUAACACGAGAUGACUUUUAUUAUGAAGCAGUCACAGGAAAUGCAAUGAUAGUCAAUGUUUUGUUUGUGAGCUUGACACUGACUGCUAUCGUUCGGAACUAGAAGGAGCAGCCACUGUGAGCUGUUAGAUGAAGAGCUGCAGGCGACAGGAUGCGCACCUCCAACUUCUCAGCGAGGUAACCACCUCCUUUCACUCUGCCCUGCUGUUAGCAGACUCAAGCCAUGUGCAGCAUAAAGUCAGAUCACGGUUGCUCACAGAAUGAUGGAAAAAUCCAGUUAUUGCCUGAUUUCUUUAUUAAAACGACAAUAGUUUGUUUUGCUGCCCCCAGAAUUUUGUGACCUGUAGAAUUAAACCGCAUUUGCUGUUACAACCAGUUAGGGCUGGCUUGGGUGAGUCCUGAACCAUCCCUUAGUUAUGCUGCUAUAGGCCUAGACUGCCGGGAGACUUCCCAUGAUGCUUUUUCCUCCUCUCCCUCUCCAUCUGUAUGCAUCUUUAUCCCAUUACUGCACGUUACUAACUCGACAUCUUCUCUCUGCUGUAGUUUUGUGCUUUCUCGUCUCUCUCCUCUCCUGUUACAGCAGGUAUUGUUGCCUCUGGAGUCUGGAUCUGUGGUUGUGGGCCACCUGCUGCCCCUGUGUUCCUGCUUGACAACUGCUACUAGUCUUAUUACUAUCAUUAUUAUUCCUAUCACUAUCAUUCCUUUUAUUUUAUUAAUAUUACCACUACCAUUACAUUAUCAUUAUUUUUAUAAUUUGCAUUGUGCCCCCCCCAACCCAAUCUGAUUCUGCCCGAGGUUUCUGCCUCUUAAAGAAAGUUUUUCUUUACCACUGUUGCCAAGUGCUUGCCCAUAGUGGUAUUUGUUGGGUCUCUGUAAAUAAUAUUAUAAAGAGUACGGUAUAGACCGGCUCUUUAGGAAAAGUGCAGUGAGAUAACUACUGUUGUGAAUUGGCGCUAUAUAAAUAAAAUUGAAUUGAAUUGAACUAGGUGUUGCCAAAUCAACCAGGACUGAAAGCUUUCAUUCAUUCAUUUAGGUUGGAAACUUCUGUUAUGUGUUAAUGAAAGUGAACACUGGGCUCAAUGUUCAUUUCAGUAUUGAUAAACACCACAUAGCCGCCGACAUACAUGGCUCAGGAGGUAGAGUGGGUUGUCCACUAAUCAGGGUUGGCGGUUCAAUCCCUGGCUUCUCCUGUCCACAUGUGUAUGAAUGAGAGGCACAUUGUAAAGCGCUUUCUCCUUUAAGGUAGAAAAGUGCUAUAUAAGUGCAGUCCAUUUACCUUAUCUUUAUUUAUGAGAGAAAUCAAAUAAAUAAAUAUCUGUAGUGAUAAAA